CGGCAGGCCAGAACCCCGCCACCUCCCAGCAGGCUCAGACCCUGACCCCCCUGGCUGCCAACGGAACCUGGAAGAAAGCCAGAGCCGAGGACCCUGAGUGUCUGGUCAGCUGGAUCUGGAUGCAGUGGAGGAGGCCAGUGGCGUGGUGAGCAAGGCCUGGCAACUGGAGUGACGCAGGCCCUGUGCCGUGCAUGGAGCUGCCGGCCCAGCCAGCCUCCCCCCAGCCCCUCCUACCAGGCUUGGAGAGGGCAGAGGCCUAGACCCACAGGGAAGGUGUCGGCUGAUAGGUGCUUCCCAGGCCAUGGGGUCUCCUGAGUGGACUGUUGGGAGGAUGUGCCGAGGCCAGAGGAUGCUGGCCAAGAAGAGCUACUUCUUCAAUGAGGGUGAGGAGGUCCCGGAGCACGAUGCGCUGUAUGAGAAGUACCGCCUCACCAGCCUGCACGGGCCGCUGCUGCACAUUCUCCUUCUGGUGGCCACCAUGGCCUGCAUUGCCCUCAUCGUCAUCGCCUUCACCUAUGAGGAGCCCUUCUACAAUGUAGCUGUCCUGGUGACGGCUUUCUUGGCCCUUGCCGUGUUUGUGACCCUCUACGUGCUGGUGUAUUUCGAGUGCCUUCUGCGGCGGUGGCUCAGGGUCUUCGUUCUACUCGCCUGGGCCUGCCUUAUGACACUAGGCUACGUGCUGGUAUACAACACAAGGAUGAAGGAAACCUGUGUGUGGCUGCAGGUGCCCUUUUUCCUGUUCAUCAUCUUCACCGUGUACACACUGAUGCCCUUCAGCAUGAGGGGCGCCAUCGCUGUGGGGGUGGUCUCCAGCGCCCCCUUCCUCCUGGUAGUCAACCUGUCGGAGGGAUUCAGUAUGCAGCAGCUGCUGCCCAUCGCUGUUGUCUUCCUGUGCGGGAACCUCACGGGCGCCUUCCACAAGUACCACACGCACGACUCCUCCCGGGAACUCUUCAUCCACACCAUGAACUGCCUCCAGGUCAGGCGGAAGCUGCGCAUCCAGAAGCUCCAGCAGGAGAACCUGCUGCUGUCGGUGCUGCCGGCCCACAUCUCCAUGGGCAUGAAGCUGACCAUCAUCGAGCGGCUCAAGGAACACGACGACCGCCACUACAUGCCUGACAACAACUUCCACAGCCUCUACGUCAAGCGGCACCAGAAUGUCAGCAUCCUGUACGCUGAUAUUGUGGGCUUCACGAGACUGGCCAGUGACUGCUCCCCCAAAGAGCUGGUGGUGGUGCUGAAUGAGCUCUUCGGCAAGUUUGACCAGAUCGCCAAGGCCAACGAGUGCAUGAGGAUCAAGAUCCUGGGUGACUGCUACUAUUGCGUGUCAGGCUUGCCUGUGUCCCUGCCCACCCACGCCCGGAACUGUGUGAAGAUGGGGCUGGACAUGUGUGAGGCUAUUAAGCAGGUGCGGGAGGCCACGGGCGUGGACAUCAGCAUGCGUGUGGGCAUCCACUCCGGGAACGUGCUAUGCGGGGUCAUCGGGCUGCGCAAGUGGCAGUAUGACGUCUGGUCCCACGACGUGACGCUGGCCAACCGGAUGGAGGCGGCGGGAGUCCCUGGCCGGGUGCACAUCACAGAGGCGACGCUGAACCACCUGGACCAGGCAUAUGAGGUGGAAGACGGGCACGGGCAGCAGCGAGACCCCUACCUGAAAGAGAUGAACAUCCGCACCUACCUGGUCAUCGACCCCCGGAGCCAGCAGCCACCCCCGCCUAGCCAGCACCUCUGCAAGCCCAAGGACACAGGGCUGAAAAUGAGGGCCUCCGUGCGCGUGACCCGCUACCUCGAGUCCUGGGGGGCUGCAAGGCCCUUUGCACACCUCAACCACCGUGAGAGUGUGAGCAGCAGUAACGAAAGUCCUGUCCCCAGCAGGCGGAGGCUUAAGGCUGUUCCCCUGCAGCGCCAGCGGAACCCCGACAGAAGUGCGUCCCCCAAAGGGCGGUCGGAAGAUGACUCCUACGAUGAUGAAAUGCUGUUAACAAUUGAGGGGCUCAGCUGGGCGCGACCCUGCUCCAGUUCUGAUGAUUUCUAUGCCAUCGGGUCCAUCUUCCGGGAGAAGGACUUUGAGCGAGAGUACCGCCUGGUGCCCAUCCCCGGGGUCCGCAACUACUUUGCCUGUGCCAGCCUCAUCUUCCUCUGCAUCCUGCUUGUCCAUGUCCUGACGAUGCCCAGUGAGUCGCUGGGCGUGACCUUUGGGCUGGUGGCCGGGGUGCUGACGCUGGUGCUAGGCCUGUGCUUUGCCAGUGUGUUUUUGAGCUGCUGCCCAGCCUGGGGGCUGCUCCGGGCCGUCUCCGAGAGCGUCGAGACACAGCCCCUGGUGCGCCUGGUCCUGGCCAUCCUGACUGUCGGCAGCGUGCUCACCGUCGCCAUCAUCAACCUGAAGCUGACAUCUGAUUCCGGUGUGACGACACUGAGUGCUCCAAGUGCCCUGAACAGAAGCCACUGUGAGUUCCUGCUGGACAGCCAGUGUGAGCACCUCCUGUAUUACACCUGCAGCUGCAUCCUGGCCUUCAUCGCCUGCUCUGUCUUCCUGAGGGUGAGCCUGGAGCUGAAGGUUGCGCUGCUGACCGUGGCCUUGGCGUGCUACCUGGUGCUCUUCAACAUCAGCCCGUGCUUGUGGGACUGCAGCAGCUACAACUUCACCAGCUCCAACAGCACCGACCGGUGUCUAGCGUGGCGACGUAAUCUGAAGACGAUGACCAGUUUCUACCUGGUUCUGUUCUAUGUCACCGUGGUCAUGCUCUCCAGACAGAUUGACUAUUACUGCCGCCUGGAUUAUCUGUGGAAGGCUAAGUUCAAGAAGGAGCAUGAGGAAUUUGCGACCAUGGAGAAUGUGAACCGCCUCCUUCUGGAGAACGUCCUGCCAGCCCACGUAGCUGCCCACUUCAUUGGCGACAAGUUGAACGAGGACUGGUACCAUCAGUCCUACGACUGCGUCUGCGUCAUGUUUGCAUCAGUGCCGGACUUCAAGGUGUUCUACACGGAGUGCGACGUCAACAAGGAGGGCCUGGAGUGCCUGCGCCUGCUCAAUGAGAUCAUCUCCGACUUCGACGAGCUGCUGCUAAAGCCCAAGUUCAGUGGCGUGGAGAAGAUCAAGACCAUCGGCAGCACCUACAUGGCGGCUGCAGGACUCAGCACCCCCUCGGGCCUCGAGAGCCAGGAGGACGGGCGCACCCCGCAGGGCCUGGCCAGGCAGCACGCCCACAUCGGCAUCCUGGUGGAGUUCAGCAUCGCCCUGAUGAGCAAGCUGGACGGCAUCAACAGACACUCCUUCAACGCCUUCCGCCUGCGAGUCGGCAUCAACCACGGGCCUGUGAUUGCUGGAGUGAUCGGGGCGCGGAAGCCUCAGUAUGACAUCUGGGGGAACACGGUCAACGUGGCCAGCCGGAUGGAGAGCACUGGAGAAAUGGGGAAAAUCCAGGUCACGGAAGAGACGUGCAGCAUCCUCCAGGAGCUCGGUUAUUCCUGUGAGUGUCGAGGACUGAUUAAUGUCAAAGGCAAAGGCGAGCUGAGGACUUACUUUGUCUGUACAGACACCGCCAAGUUUCAAGGGCUGGGGCUGAUCUGAAGUAGAUUUCCCUUUGGCUUGCUUCAGAGAAGGCAGACUCAGUCUCCCGCGCUCCAGAGGCUUCAGGGUCUGCCCCACCACCUGGCUGGUGCGUGUGCUCCCUGGGACUUGCACUAGGCAACUUCCUGGACUGUGCACCAGACCCUGCUGGACGUGAGCACUGCGGCUUAGGGAGCACAUGGCCGCGAGUCUCUGCUGCUGGGAGGCUGCAGCCUGCAGCCCCUCUGGAAAAGGCUCACAGUGUUUUAGAUCCUUGUCCCGGUGCUGUGGAGUCGGUGGAGCACGACCAGAACACAGCGCCCCCUUGUGGCAGGUGACUGCACUGCAGGCUGUGUCUUAUUCAAGCGCGGAGGACUAAGACCUUCCCAGGAUGGGCGGGGGCUCCUUUCUCCCCAGCUACCGGAUUCCACAUUUCUCACGCAGCGUUGCGAUAAACAGAGUUCAAAGGGUGUUUUAAAUCUGUAAAUGGUUUCGAGCAGUGGGCGCAGAUACAGCAGACACAUGUUCCUUCUUGCCGUCUCUGGCCUGUGACUGGCUCAACUGGAUGUGUUUCUGCGGGGUGUGUGCAUCCUGGUGAAUGACUUCGGAGAUGGCAGACUGCUCCCUCCAGUGGACGAUUUGCCUUUUUCACACUGACACCUCGGAAGGACCAGGGUCCAGGAGCAGCUCGGGGCAUCAGCCCAGCAGGGACCAUGUCUCCAGCCGAAAGGCCGCCAGCGGCCCCGGGCUUUGCAUCAGAAAGCUUUGGAGGUUAACAGCAAACACAAGCCUGGACAACUCGCGUGACCUCCCAGUCUUCUCCUGACUACUUAGCAUCUUGAGAUCUCCCCUGUACCCUAUGUGUUUAGACAGUGGAGGGCUUCCCUGAUGGCGUAGGGGUUGGGUCUCAGCGCCAGCAACUCUGCUGCCUGAGUUCCAUCCCCGGCCAGAGAGGUGACCCUCAUGGCACAGCAGGCCUCUCCUGUGUUCCCCACCGCUCCCCUCAGCAGUCUGUCUCAUACUGGGCAGUAAGGGAGUCUGCAGAGGACUCACAGCCUGCAGGAUUCCUUUCCUUUCUCCUCAUGGGCACUCUGGAGAGCUUCAAACUCUAGGGGCCCACUGCUCAUAGCACAUGUAAAGAAGGGGUUCCCGCAUCUGGAAAGCGAGGCUUGCACGAGGCAGACAUGUUCUCGCCUGAACCUGAACGAGCCAAGGCAACUGCAGAAAGCCAGGUUUGUGAAAAGGUGCCUUACAGGGCUUCAAAGCAAGGGAAAGAAGUCACUAUGUUUCAAGGACAGAAAUAUCAAGCUGCUGAUCGUGUCUUCUGAAUUGACUUCACAAUCAUGAAGUCUCAAAAUUUAGGCAGUGGAGGGCUUCCCUGGUGGCGUAGGGGCUGGGUCUCAGCGCCAGCAACUCUGCUGCCCGAGUUCUAUCCCCAGCCAGGGAGCUGGUCCACAUGGCACAGCAGACUUCUCCUGACUCCCCCGCUGCUC